UCAUACACCUGAUCGUGCCGUACCUUUUUGGUUCCUCUUGCCGGUGCGUCCGCUCUCCUCGAAUCCGAGAAGAUCCGAAGAAACCCUAAGCGAUCGGUCUAUCCUUCGUCACAUCGACGAAGGAGCGACAGCGGCGCUCUUGCUCCGGAUAGGAAAGAACGGCAAGACGAAAUCGAGGGGCUGUUUUGUGUUCUUGUACGGCGCCUGUGGGGGCGGUGGAGGGCAGGAGAGAAAGGCGGAGCUUUAACGGUUUCUUUGUGUUGUUACGUGGUGAUUUGGGGGAGAAGGGGGGUUGCUGAUGGAUUCCAAGGUGCUGGAUGGAAUCAUCCAACGACUUCUGGAAGUCAAGGGUAGCAAGCCAGGGAAGCAAGUGCAGCUUCUAGAGGCGGAUGUCCGGCAGCUUUGUCUCGUGUCGAAGGAGAUCUUCCUGCAGCAGCCCAACCUCCUGGAACUGGAGGCGCCAAUUAAAAUUUGUGGUGAUAUCCACGGUCAGUUUUCUGACCUUUUGAGGCUUUUUGAAUAUGGUGGGUUGCCACCGCAGGCCAAUUACUUGUUCUUGGGUGAUUACGUGGACCGUGGGAAACAAAGCCUUGAAACAAUUUGCCUUCUUUUAGCUUACAAGAUUAAAUACCCAGAAAAUUUCUUUCUUUUGCGGGGUAAUCAUGAAUGUGCAUCCAUAAACCGUAUCUAUGGUUUCUAUGAUGAGUGUAAGCGCAGAUUCAAUGUGAGACUUUGGAAGGUGUUCACUGAUUGUUUUAAUUGCCUACCGGUGGCAGCUCUUAUUGAUGAAAAAAUCCUAUGCAUGCAUGGUGGCCUUUCCCCAGACUUACAAAAUUUGGAGCAGAUCAGAAACCUAGCUCGCCCAACUGAUGUUCCUGACAGUGGAUUGCUCUGUGAUCUUCUUUGGUCAGAUCCUAAUAAAGAGGUCCAAGGAUGGGGAAUGAAUGAUAGGGGUGUUUCAUACACUUUUGGUGCUGAUAGAAUUGCAGACUUUCUUCAGAAGAAUGAUUUGGACCUAAUUUGUCGUGCUCACCAGGUGGUGGAGGAUGGAUAUGAAUUUUUUGCUGACAGACAACUUGUAACAAUUUUCUCGGCUCCAAAUUACUGUGGUGAAUUUGAUAAUGCGGGUGCUAUGAUGAGUGUGGAUGAGACCUUGAUGUGCUCAUUCCAAAUCCUGAAGCCCGCAGUAUCAGACAAGAAAAAAAUGGGUUUCGGUGCUACAACAGUUUCUAGAACUGGAACUCCUGCUUGGUAGUAUUGUUGAAUUGAGGAGCAAAAUCUUUUUUCCAAUAGUCAAGGUCCCUGUUUGGAUGUGUACAUGUUCCUAGCGACUUGCCACAUGCUUUUGCUCCACUCGGAUUAUGAAAUUGCUUGAUCUGCAUGAAGAGUGGCCAGAGUAGUAUCUUAUUAAACCAUGUGGGUGCUGUUGACUAAUCCAAUUCGCCUCCAGAAACAGCACAUUGUCUUAAUUUUGAAUUUCUGUGUCCGUUAGUAUCUGGCCAUUCCAUCAGACCAUCACCCAUCAGCUCUGCAAAUGAGCAAAGAGCGAUGAUCACACAGAGCAAUGAUGGCACCAUAUUUUUGUGACCUUCAAAAGUUUAAUUGAGUCAAGUUUGGUGUUUAACAUCUUACUCUUGAUCA